CAUCGACAAGUAAUCGCUACCCCUCCCCUCCUCUGCCCGUGGCCCGUGCUGGCGGCGGCGACCUAGACCGUCCUGCAGUGUCGCGCCCCCGUCCCGCACCGUUGCCGGCAGGCUGCCUCUCCUCCCCAACCGCACCUCCACCGGCAGGCCUCCUCUCCUCCCCAACCGCGACGCCGGCAGGAUUCGUCUCCUCCCCAACAGCGACGCCGCUCGGUUGCCUCUCCUCCUCAACCGCGACACCGCCCGACUGCCUCUCUUCCCCAACUGCACCGCCGCCCGCAGGCCUCCUCUCCUCCCCAACCGCGACGCCGGCAUGCUUCGAUUCCUCUCCAGCAACUAGCCGUCGUCCGAGCGCCGCCGGACCUCUGCUCUUAAGAUUUAGCAUGGAGGGUGUUGAGGGUGAUGAACCAGACUAUCAUCCUGAAGAAUUAGAAGGGCAUGAGGCUGAGGGUUAGAUGGAGCUGUUUAUUGUACCUCCAAAUCCUUCUCGUGUACGGCAGAAAUCUGCAGGUAAAAGGGGGAAGAGGCCAGCAUCUACUACAUGUUCAGGAAGUGGACAAUCGACAGGACAACAGCAGCCUACAACCGAAGCACAGCAGCAACCUACAGCCAAAGCACAGCAGCAACGCAGUGCGUCCUCUAGCAGUAGCAGACUGAAGUCAAAAGUAUGGUUGGACUUCACCAAGAUAUCCAAAGAUGGUGAUGCCUAUAUUGUAGCUAAGUGCAACCAUUGCUCCGCUGAGCUGUCAGCUAAAUCUGGACACGGUACAUCUCAUCUCCUUAGGCACACCGAAUCGUUGCAUAAGACUGAUCAAUCAACAAUGAAUAAUUUUUUCUUGAAAUCUGAAACAAAUGAUGAUGGAACAAAUGCAUUGAGAACUGUUAGAUAUGAUGCUCAAGCAGCUAGGCAUGGAGUCUCUAUUUAUCUUGUGUCCGGUUCUCAUCCAUUUACAACAGUUGAAGAAGAUGGUUUUAGAACAAUGAUGACUGAUUGUUGUCCAGCAUUCAAGAGUAUUGGUCGGCACACAAUAAAAGAGAGAUAAUGGCAAUGUUUCUUGACCAGAAAAAAGAAUUGCUUGAAAUUAUUGUUGCUGCCCCUGGUAGAGUAAGUUUCACAUCUGACAAUUGGAAAUCUGAAGUCACCAAGCAUAGCUAUAUUUGCAUUACCUGUCAUUACAUAGAUGCUGAUUGGAAACUAAACCAAAGAAUUGUCUGGUUCAAAAAAAUUGAUCCACCAUAUGAUGGAGCAUCUAUUGCCGAUGAGGUCCAUCUAGCUUUUCAUGAAUGGAGGAUUGAGAAGAAAGUAAUGUGCAUCACUCUUGAUAAUGCAGCCUAUAAUGAUAGAAUGAUUGUUUGCUUGUGAACCCACUUGUCUCAAGGUGCUUUACCUUUGUCCGGCAAAUUCUUUCAAAUUCGUUGUUGUGCACACAUACUGAAUUUGGUAGUUCAAUCUGGUUUGACAUUGAUUGAUAAAGCUAUGGCCAAACUUAGAGAUGGUAUAAUGUAUCUAAAGGCUUCAAGUAAUAGGCUGCACAAGUUUCAUAGCACUGCUACAACUACUUUCAACCUAGAAGAAUCAAGGAACUUGAAACCUGACAUGCCCAUUCGUUGGAAUUCAACGUAUACUAUGCUUGGCUCCUGUUUAUACUUUAAAGAAGUGUUACAGUGGUAUUCUAAGAGGGAUAGCAUCUUCAAGGUGCAUUUUUGGCCAUGUGAGGAAGAAUGGUCCAAGGUAUCUCAUAUGUAUCAGUUUUUGAAGGUUUUCUUCGAGGUAACUACUAUUUUCGCAGGAACAAAAUAUCCAACAGCCAACUAGUACUUCAUGAAUGUUUAUCUAGUUCACACUGCUAUUAUUGAGGCUACCGAUGGUAUACAUGGCUACAUGGGUCCUAUUGUUUAUUAUGAGAGAAAAGUUCAUGAAAUAUUGGUCUGACUAUAGCGUAUUUCUAUCUUGUGCUGCUGUUCUUGAUCCUCAUAUUAAGUUCAAGUUCUUGGCUUAUUCCUACUCCAAGUUGUAUGAAGAGGAUGAUGCCAAGCGUCGAAUUGCUGAUGUUAGAACUACCUUGACUUCUUUAUUUAAUGAAUAUGGUAAUGUUGUACCCGUUCAUGACAACUUAUCCAAAACUAGUAUGUCAAGCACUUGUGGACUUGGUGCCUUUGCUGACUAUGAUCAGUAUGUGGAAAGCACAAGCACAUUUGAAGAGAAAUCUGAAUUGGAAUUGUACUUGGCUGAACCUGCGAAGAGGUUGAAUGAGAACAUUGAUAUCUUGGAUUACUGGAGCAAGUCUGCAGCUAGGUAUCCGCAGCUAGCAAGAUUGACACGUGAUAUCCUUGUUGUUCCCGUGUCAAGUGUUGCAUCAGAAUCUGCUUUCAGCUUGAGUAAGAAGGUUAUAACCCCGAGCCGAGCCUCACUUAAACCAAAGACGGUUGAGGCCUUGACGUGUUUGCAAGAUUGGUAUCGCUGCAAAUUGGAGAAGAAAGAUGGUAAUAAGAGAAAGGCAGAAGUGGUUGAGCUAGAUGAUGAAAAUUCUUCUUCCGAUGAUGAAUAGUUCUUGCUAGAGCAAUGAGAUGAGUAGAAGAUACGGAGAAGGCAUGUCGAGAUGGCAACAAGCAGCUACUGGUCCUUAUUUUUGGUUCUAUGAAUUGGCCAUCUGGCAUGUAAUAAUACAUUUAUGCACUUGUGUUUCUAGAAACUUGAAACUAGAAUGUUUGAUACUAUUUGAUGUGAAAACAAUGCUC